AUGUCUCCCAGCUCCUUCCUGUACACUAAAGCUGCUGAUGUGGUACUUACCGAUCUGCAGCCGGCGCAGGUCGUUCUGGCACGCGUGACAAGCCCUACCGACGAGCAGCUCGAAGCGAUCCUCCGAGUCAUGAUCAAAGGCUAUGAGACUGGUAUGUACCUCACAUCUAUCACUACCUGCAAUCCUUCUGACGGGGUGCCAGAACCCUGGGCAAACCGCUUCCCUGUGCCUCAGGACGUAAAGCCGGAACAAUGGUACCGCGCCUACCACAUGGCUUGGCUGGGGCCAGCUUUGCUCGAGGGCCAAGUCUGGACGGCGAGGGAGAGUGCGGAGGGGGAGAUCCUGGGAGUGGGUAUCUGGUCCCUCCCCGGCUGCACCUUGGGGAGCACGCCGGAGCAGAGAGCAUUCGGCGAGGCGUACAACGCGCUGAUCCCGCCCGAGCAGGCUGCAGCCCAGGCCGAAGCUCAGAAAGGAGUGGUAGCAGAAAGGAAGGCCCUCUUCCCCACGCUUUGGAAAGAUACAUUCCAUUUGCACAACCUCGUUACUGUCCCUGCGGCGAGAGGGAAGGGGGUUGGCGGGGCGCUGAUGGAGGAGAUGAUCCGUCAGGCGCAUGAGCAAGGAGCCGGGAUGAGCCUGUGCACGCCGACCGAGUCGAACAGACGCUUCUACCAGCGACACGGGUUCGAGACGAUCUGGGAGCGCGAGAUUCUCUACACGGUCGGCGAGAAGGAGCCGUACAUCGUCAUGACGCGGGAUGUGAAGCAGCCGGCGCAGUAG